CUUCACUCCAUUCCUGAGCGAAUUAUUCCUUUCACUUAAACUAAGGCAAGACGAGAAUGGCAGACCAAUCUACUCCACCGCCGAAUGUCGGUAGCCCGAGCGGGAAAUCUCCGAGUCCGGCUCGAUCCCCUCCAGGAGUAGCUCCGGAUCCUAUCGAGGUGCUGGAUGAUGAGGGAGAUGAUGGCGAUAACGACACCGCCCUUGGCAGUGAUGACAACGCAAGCUCAACCGCAUCUAUCACAUCGACUAUUCUUCAGUAUCGUACUAUUCAGGGCCGAACUUUCCACAGCGAGAAAUUCAACACCGAGUAUUUUGCGCCAAAUGACGAUCAGCAGAGUGAAUCCAUGGACAUCACACACCACUAUCUUACCAUGCUUCUUGACAACAAGUUAUUUCAAGCACCGUUGAAGAAAGACAUGCAGAAAGUUCUGGAUGUAGCCACAGGAACUGGCAUCUGGGCAAUUGACUUUGCGGAUGAGUUUCCAAAUGUUGAAGUUAUAGGGACGGACUUGUCGCCUAUCCAGCCGACUUGGGUUCCCCCAAAUGUCAAAUUUGAGCUCGAAGAUGCAACAAAGAGCUGGACUUGGCCAGAAAACACCUUUGACUUUAUCCACAUGCGCUAUCUUUUUGGUGCCAUUGCGGACUGGAACGCGUUGUACGAGGAGGCGUAUCUUCGCUGCAAACCCGGUGGUUGGGUGCAAUCCUGCGAGAUCGACCCUCCGUUUUACAGCGAUGAUGGGACCGCUGAUGACGAGACUGCAAUGCAAACGUGGAACGAGUUGGUUCGCGAGGGCGGUAAGAAGUUCGGCCGUACGUUUUGUGUCGUCGAGGAGGGUCUGCAGGUGCCAGGAAUCAAAGCCGCUGGCUUUGUUGACAUCCAGGAGGCAAACUACAAGGUGCCUGUCGGUCGAUGGGCCAAGGAUCCCAAGCUGCGCGAUGUUGGGCAGUUUCUCCGCUCAACCAUGGAGAAUGAUAUGGAAGGAUACACCCUACUACUAUGGCACAACAUCAUGUGCUGGCCCAAGGACGAAUACCAAGUUUUCCUUCUAGGAUUGCGCCAGGCCUUAAAAAACAAGCGUGUUCAUUCAUAUAUGAAAUUGCGCUAUGUCUGGGCCCGGAAACCCGAGGUGGAUGAGGUGGUUGAAACCUAGACUAAUCCAGUUGUACCUCGUCCAGUUGUAACUCGAUAAGAAUGACUCCAUUGCCUCCUUUGUUUAUAAUCGCCGGUAGUUAUGCAAGAAUUAUGCAUGCCGAGCUCCGCAUGCGCAACUCAUACUUCGGGACAUCAGUGAAUUUUCC